AUGUUAGGUCUUAGAGUGGCCGCAGCAGGCCCUGCAGGUAGCAGGAGUAUGGAGCCCAUGGGCCGUCAUAGCACCUCCCAAGCCCUGUACAUGGUCCUUUUAAUAGUGCUGGUCAUGAGGAGCUUGGUGUUUGGUAAUUUUGAUCCUGUCAAUCCGGAACCCCCUCAUCCAGCUCAGUUCUCCAAAUAUCUGCGCUGCUAUCGAUGCCUCUUGGAGACCAAGGAGUUGGGAUGCCUUCUGGGAUCUGACAUCUGCCUUGCCCCUCCUGGCAGCAGCUGCAUGACUCUGCUCAUAAAGAACAGCAGUGGUUCUGACAUCAUGGUGAGUGACUGCUGCCGCAAGGAGCAGAUGAGUGAUUGUUCGUAUACCCGCUCUUCUCCAGUGUUUGGCUUCUGGAUAUUUUCUCGAUGCUGCUUCCUGGAGUUCUGCAAUAACCCUCAGAACAGAGUGUUCUAUAUUCCUUAGAACUUCCGCAGAGACUUUUAGAAUAAAACCCUGCUAGUUGCCAUCCAUCUUCUAGUCCCUUUUACCAGCUCCUAGUUGACACCCAACACCCCUCUUCCCACUCAGCCCUUCCCCCAGGUCCCCUCUCCAGAAUUCUCUGAGUUUUCCCUUCAAGUCCUCACAGUUUGAUGGCUUUACUCUUCU